AUGCCCCGAUGGGGAAGACCACCGGGGGCACGAAUGGGGAGACACAACGGGGGACGAGCGCAGUGGGAGGAGGAUACCCGAGUGAAGGAGAUUAUCACCGAAGAGGACGAUGUGUUUGGACGGGAGUUGGUGCGCAAUGGCCGCUACCCUUGGCAGCAGGAAUAUGGGGGUCGAGUGUCGCGUAGGCGGCUGGAGUAUGAGGAUCUGACUGACGAGGCGGAAUCAGUGGUGGACGGGGGGGAUUACGACCUGUAUGAACAUGGAGACAGUACGGUGGCUUAUGCGGUUCAGCUGGCCAUGCGUGAUAAGGAGGAUCAAUUGGUGGAUACGGCGCUGGAACGAAUUCGCCGGGCCCAGAUGUUGGGCAAAAAGAACGUUCGGCUCUCCAAACGGGAGCUGGCAGCAUUGGAACGCAAGCGACAACAAACGGACAACAUAAGCGCAGGCGCAAGUGGCACUCGGAAGCAGCGCAGUCGACAAGGGAGUGUGAGCAACUCACGGCCAUCUUCCCGGCGAAAUGGCCAUACUGUACCCCCCGAGCCACCAGCAGGGGCCGCCUACCCACCUUUUGCGCCCGAUGCGGGAUGGAAUCGAAAUGCAGGCCCUCAUGGCCGACCUACCAGUUCGUCAUCGACUAAUCGUCCACGCACCCCGACGAUGCAGUCCUUGCGACCACAGCAGUCCAACUCCCCUCUCCGACCGCCCUACUCCCCUUUUGCGGAGCGAAUCCCUCCUAAUAAUCGGCCCCAAUCGAUGCAUCAACCUUCCCUGUAUGCGCGACCAUUGCCCGACGAUCCGCAAUGGGCACCACCAUACUACAACCCUAUGCCAAUGAAUCCGUAUGCGUCGGAGCAGCCUCCCUUCCAACCUCAACUUCCUACCGACCUUCGCGUUGGACCUCAAAACCGUAUGAGCUAUCCGACAGGCAUGCCCCCGACUCCAGCCCAACGGCGACAAUCGGUCGAUGAGCGCCCGUCGACAGCUACAUCGCAGCCACCAACUUCUUCCCCGUCGGAAAGUGAGUCGGAGGCGUCCAGCGAGGAAGAAACAGGGAGUGGCGAAGAUUCCGAUGUCCAGAUCAUUGGAGUUGUUGAGCGUCAGCCCCAGAUCCAACCCCAGCCUCAGCCGCCUGGUCUCCAAAGACGUCCUGUUGCUGGAGCAGGCCGAGGUCGUCAGCGAAGCAGUCGAUAA